AUGGUUGAAAAAGUUACAGCACCGGAAACAAAAAUAGCAACAACCAUAUCGAAUAAUAUAAGAAAUAAUAUCUUUGGACAUGUAUCACCGCUUGUUGGCCGAAAUAACAAUAGCAAUCAUUGUUCAUCACCUAAAAAUAAUUCGACGUCGGUAAAACGAUCGUCAAGUAUUAAAAAAUUAAUCGAUCAAGACCAUUUCCAUUAUGAGAAAGUAGAAUUAGGAUCAAUUGGUGUUACAUUGAUCGCUUAUGAACCGAAUGCUUCAUCACCUACCGAACAACUUCUAUUGCAAAUUGAAAGUUCCGGCCAAAAAUGGUGUAUAAAUCGUAGCGUUGAUCAGUUAUGUGAAUUUGAUCAUCAAUUACAUCGUUGUGUAUUUGAUCGUUCACAGAGUCAUUUAAAGGAAUUAGCAUCAGAGUUAAAACAUUGUGAUCCAAAAAAUGUUCAAAGGCAAAUUCUUAUCUAUUUGCAACAAUUGUCACAUAUUACUGGCAAUUUGAUGUGUUGCUAUUCCGUUUUGAAAUUUUUAGAGAUUGAUAGUCAUGGAAAUCGCUUCCUAGCAGCCGAAGAAACUCCAAUAAAUACACCAGCUAUAGCAAGCGCAAUUGUUACCAAAGAUUUUAAAGCAGAAACAGGUGAUCAAAUUUCGUUACGGGUUGGUGAUAUAGUAUCCAUCAUCGAAAAGGUGACACCCUUCAGUAACAAGGAUAAAUCGUGGUGGAAAGCUAAACUAACAAUUGCUAAAAACGAAAACGGCAAAAUUAUUCUCGGCAGGAAGUUUGAGGUCGGAUUAUUUCCGAGUGAGUGCGUCAAGAUAUUUGACGACAAGACAGGACCACCGGCUGAUCAACAGCUACUUUCCGCAAAAAAGGACGCAGUUGUCACUUCUAGCAAUGGUCAUACUUUCUUGAAACCAACCACAAAUUUGACAUGUGCGUCCAAGAAAUCAACUGGUUGUCAUCCACCACGACGAGAUCGUUCCCUAGUACGAACAUUUUUACGAAGGCAUGCGGAACGACAAACUCCGCUCGUCUUCGGAACAGAUCUUGUUGAAUACUUACAGAAAACCGGUGAAGAUGUGCCAUUAAUAUUGAAGAAAUGUGUGGAAGUGAUCGAAAUGCAUGGUAUUGUUACUGGUGUUUAUCGCCAAUGUGGUAUACAGUCAAAUAUACAAAAACUUAGGAAUGGCUUUGAUUCAGGACAUUUACCGGAUUUGCGGGAUGAAGCAAUCUUAAAGGAUAUUCAUUCAGUUUCAUCACUUUUAAAACAGUACUUUCGUCAGCUACCGAAUCCAUUAUUUACAUUUGAGCUUUAUCCGGAAUUUAUAGGUGCAUAUGAAACAACUGAUGAUGAACAAGCUAAUCGAUUUAAAGAUGUCAUUGGAAGGCUACCACGUGAACAUUACAGGACAGCAAAAUAUUUAAUUCGUCAUCUGACUAAAUUAUGCCAAUGUACUCAUUUGACAGAUAUGAAUUCGAAAAAUCUUGCAAUUGUUUGGGCUCCAAAUUUGUUCAGAUGCCCACCGUGUAUUGACGACAAUUCUGGUGGCAGUGAUUCAUCACUUUUGCAGGGUCUGAAUGCGCAAACGGGUCUUUGUAAUUAUAUACUUGCCCAUGCAGUUUACCUAUUCUCACUUGAAAAUGAUUCCCUUUCACUUCCAGAAAAUGCGAUAGGCAGAUCAUCAGUAUCAUCAUGUAGCGGUGGUACCCUAUCACCAGAUUUGGAUCGUCGUCGUUUUAUUGAUGUUAACGGUGGACCAGCGACAUUGCCAACAUUUCAUACCAUUAUCGAAAAACCACGACACAGAGAAACAAGUGCGCAUCCUGGUAGCAAAUGGCGACGUAUGUUACGUGGUCCAUCAAUGGAUAAUGCAUUUGCUAGCUUACGUACACGAUGGAAAAAACAUGGUGAAGAAUAUUUAGACAAUGAUAAUUCUACUAAUAGUGUGAAGUGGAGAAGAAGUCCGUCAGAUACGCGAUCAUCAUUACGUGCCGCACGUAGCGCAUCGCUAAUCUCAUUUGUUACAAAAAGUGUUGAAGAAUUUCGUAAUGGUGUUUUACGAAGUUGGCGGCAUUGUGCACCAACAUUACGUGAUGAUUCGAUAACAAAUGGUACAAGUGAGGAACAACAUUCGACUGCAACAGCAGUUGCAACAGAACUUGUAAGGCGUCGAGGCUUGACAAGUUUUUUGGCUAACGAUCAGCAACCAUCAACAUCGACAGAUACUAAAUUAGCAUCAAGUAUAAGGGGUAGUAUACCGGAAGCAUUUUCGUUGGAUACCAGUGAUUCCGGUAACAGUCGACCGCCUUCCGUUACUCAAAAUGACUGUAUCGAUGAUGGUGUAAGUUUGUCAUCUGAUAGUUAUCGCUUUUUUGGAUUCUAUGAAGAUGAACAGCAAUCAGAGGAAGGUGUAAAUUUACGAGAUAUUAAAGAAAUAUGGACAAAGGACAGUGCUGAAUCUGAACAUAACUCACAUGUAGCAUUUAAUGUGAAAGCAAUAAGAAACAAGAAAAAAUUGUCAAGAAAUGAAGCGGAAGAUGAUAUGCGAUCAUCUUCAACAGACGAAUGGUCUGAUGUGGCCAAAAGUAAUUGUAGUAGUAAUACUAGUAGUAGCACUGGCUCAUUACAUAAUGAUUGUAGUCGAUAUGAUAAUGUUCCAAUAGGUGAAGAUGCUGGUGAAGGACGUUAUGUUGAAACACCAUUAUCGUUUUAUGAUUUACCACAAAAUAAUGUCAAACCUGUUCGAUCAAAUGUUCAGUUAUACUUUUUUUAA